UAUAAUCUUUGAUCAUCAAAAACAUAGUUCAUAACCGAUUUUGCUCCCGCUUCACACUGACUGUGUCUUGAGUCACUGACUCCUAUCUCAUAUUCUUGUCAACUGCUUGAAGAUGUGAAGAAUCCAUGACCUAUAACUUAGCUUUUGUUCCAUCCGAAGCCUAACCUUCCCUAUUCCAUCCGACGACAAGUACAAAAAGAUGUCUACCGUUCUGGGGUACCGACCUCGAAGUGCCGUCUCUUUACGGCGAGGCUUGUCGCCGGUAGACGCCCUUCCAUGGUCGCUUGUUCUUAUGUGUCAAGGAGUGCCGCAUUUCACUUCCCAGAUGGCAUUGGGCGCAGAUGUUUGUGUGGAUGGCGCCUAUUGCAGUGGGUAUUCGCACGGCUGCAACGACGGAUUCUGCCUUACUUAUGGAGAGUUUGCGAUAGUAUAAAAGCUGCAAAAGGGUUACUUAUACGUAUUUGUGUUGAGGUACUCAGAGCUAGAAAAGUUUACUCUCUCUCCAGAAUUGGAUCGGUGGGAGAUAUGCAUAGUAUACGUAUUUGAAAGAUGUUGGUGGUCUUGUUGUGGCGGUAUGUUUUUCAGAAGAGGAGUGUCUUGUUGUGGCAACUGGAAGAGCAGAGUUUCGAGGAAUCAACAAGCGUUGGAUUAUUUUUCGUUGACUUGAAUGGGCUUGGUCAGUUUCUGUAGAGAGCAAGGGUAGUAUGGAUAAGCAGUGUUUUGAGGUAGAAAAUUGGGGUAGUAUCGUAGAUAAAUGACUCUGUGUUCGAUGCUUCUUGGAAUCGCCAGCUUCUAAAGUUCAGAUAUCCUAGAAAUCUUAGCCCUAUCGCCUUCAUUGUAGCUAAGCUAUAGUCUUCUGCUAUUCAUUACUACAACAAUGUCAUGCAUAAUGCCAUUAGUGGUUCGAAUUCAUAAACUCUAGAACUUUUUAGAGUUGUGAAGUUCAGAUCUUUGAUCUAAAAUCUUUGAGUCUUCAAUUUCAAACUCAAAUUGGUAGUUAAUAUCCAAGAAAUUCUGAUUAUAUUCCAAAAUAAUUCAAUUUAAAACCUGACGAUGAGAUUGACUGGAGUUGUGAUUCUUGAGAAUACUCGCUAUCCUUGAGCAGUGGGAUCUGUACUGAAAAACGUGCUGAAACACCAUCGAAAUAGCGCAUAACAAGUAGUGAAAACCCCACCAUACUGCACUUAAAAACGCAUAAUACUGCACCUAAAAACGCAGCUGCAUGGAGAUCCAGGUGGUCAGUUUCAUAGUAGGUAGAUACAGGAUUACAUUCCCUGACUGGGAAGGGCAGGGUUAGAAGCUGGGAAGGAUCAGCUUCGAAGCCCAGAGGGUCUAGAAGCUUAGAAGCCUAGAAGGUAUAGAAGCUUAGAAGCCUAAAAGGUAUAGAAGCUUUGAAGCCUAAAAGGUAUAGAAGCCUAGAAAGCCGAAUGAGCAUAGUCCCAGGUCGAGUGAACCUAGUGGAGAAGCUUAAAAGCCCGAAGGCCCAUAGUUGAGAAGCUUCAUUGAGCACAGUGCAGAAACUAGUCCAGCUUGCAUGGUGGCAUAGAACCUUCAGUGAGCAUAGUUUAAGGCCGAAGAGAAGGCCGACUGAGCAUAGAAAUUUCGCAGCUUUAAGGAGCGUAAUUCCAAAGCCCAGAAGCUAGUCCAAGGAGCAUAAAAGAUUAUUGAAGCUCUAAGCUCCAGCUGCCGGUCGGUGUAUGGAGUGUCCGUGUGUGGUGGACGACGAGCAGCGCAGCCGCUGGGAGCGCGAGCAAGGUCUUGUAGAUGUGAGGGUGAUCGAGGGCGUGGCGCCUGUUCAACAAGGAGCGCAACAAGCUGACUAAGGCAAGGAAACUUCUAUGUAUCAGGACAAGAACAUCAUGAUCAGCAUCGUGUCGGCAUCACCUCUGCUGUAGCUGUUUCUAACGAAAAAUCUCAGCAUCGUGUCAGCAUCACCCUUGUUGUCAUUGUUUCGAUAACUGAAAAAGAAACCUGUGGUCAGUUAUUUACAGGGUAUUCAGGAAAAAAGGUUUCUGUAAUGGAGUUGACCUAAGGUAUCUACUCCUGGAAGAUGAACCAGAGAUGGUGGCAGGGAUGCUACUGCAGUAACUCUAAUGUCAGGCGUUCGUGGAAGUUUCGUGGAGUGGAGAGUCUUCUGCGGAGACAGGGAAAGAGACCAGUGAGGAAGGCGAAGAGAGAAGCGAAGAUGACGCGGAUACUGAAGCAAAUGGAAGUGCAAAAGAACAAGAGCACAUUGGCACCAGUAGAACCGAUGAUGCACCGUCUCGUACGAGUGGUGGGCAGAGGAGCGGUGGUGGUUACAAGAUAGCGUUAAGGCUCUCGAUAUAAGUCAUCUUUUUGAGUGCAGCUCUGAAGGAUAGCAUUCAAUUUACUUGACUACAAGAGUACUCUCUAUUGGAAUACUAUCUGACUACAAGGGUAUUCUGGACUUGAGUACAAGGCUGAUUCUACCCUUGACUACAAGAUUACUCUAUAACUCGAACAACGAGAAUACCCGUCUACUUAUAAAUACUCUCGAAGAUGCAUUUGGAAGACCGGGCCACUCUAAUAAUGUUUGGGAGCCCCUGCUUUGGGGUCAUACCGCCAGGCACGGUCUGCGAUGCUUUCAAAGUCGUCUUAUGGCCUGAGCCCUAAGAUAACAGUAAGGUUGGUAACAGUACGGUUGAGGUUCAGCAAAGCAGUGAACUGGACCGAAGGUUUUCGAGUUUUGCCUUGAUCUAGUAAGUAGCACAACUUACAAGUAACGAGUAGUUGCUCUUAGGUCGCUGUCGACAGAAAGACGCGCUGGGUGCCAGCGUAGUAUGUUGAUUCGUGACUGUGAUUUUGAUUGCGUCUGGAGCAAAAUAUGUCAGCAUACUGUGCUGAUUGGUGACUGUAAUUCUGAUUCAAGUUGGAGCAAGUUUUGCCAGCGUACCAUGCUGAUUCGUGGUUGGGUUUCUGAUUGAAGUUGGGGUAAGUGUUGCCAGCAUGCCCUGCUGAUUCGUGAGUGUAAUUCUGAUUGUAGUUGGACACUAAUCGAAGGGUUUGAUCUGAUGAGUGCGAUGCUCAACGAUGCCUGGCCAAAGGCUUUGUCAGGAAAUGAAUUCAACAAAAAGUAGAUAAAACUGAAAAUUCUUGGAUAUUGAGCCCAUAUCCAAGAAUUUUCAGUUUUAUCUCCUUUUUGUCGAAUUCAUUUCCUGAGGGGUCAUUGUUUGUCGACAAUGAUUGCACUAGUUGGAAAUCUUAGAUUGGUGUCAAGAUUGUCUAGUACUGUUGUUGUUGAUGUCUGCGAGGCGUAUUAUCUUGCUCUAAGAUGAGUUAUGUGGCACAUUUUAGGUUGAGAAAUGAUGAAAUUUGAGGUAAUAUGAGAAAAUUUUAGGUUCUUGGAUUGUCAAAGAUUGAGAUUUUAGGUUUUCUAGAUCUGAAAUGGGUGAAAUCAGCUCAAAACAACUCAAUUGCAGCACAGUAUGACUGUAGAAGGAAGCAGCUGCUCUUAGUUUGUACUAUUUCUAGAUUUCGAAGUCUAUAGGUCUAAAGUUUCAGUCUUUGGGUCAUUCUGGCCUACAGAAUGCUUCUAUUUAGCUCGAGUAUCGGCAUGGGAUGGACGUAGAAGGGGGCACUUAGUCAUUACCCUUUUCGGUUCGCUAUCAGGAGUAGGCACACGCUCCGCUCAAAGACAACAAACCCUAGUAGUACUAUCACGAACUAGAAGUAGACUGUGUGCUUAAUUUUGGGUUUACAAAUCGCUAUGCAUCCACAUAAUCCCGCAUCAUACACCAUCACUGAUGCUGUUCUCUGGGUCAUCCCGCAUCAUACUAGCAUAGUUUUCUUUUCCGUGCUAUAGUCGGUAUUUGGUCCUGCACCAUCACUGAUUCCCAUCACUGAUGCUGUUCUCUGGGUCCUACCAUUUGACACUCGGUUAUUCGGCUAGCUUCUCAGGUAUAUUUUCUUUUUGACUACUGGUUUACUCAAUCGUCUUCUAGACUGGAUCAUCUCUUACAGAUCUCUCACAGGAUGUCCGGUUGUAGUGCAGCGUCAAUUCAAGCUUGUAUAGCUCUAAGGAUAGCGGCACCGUAUUCCAUGCAGAGCUCUGAUUACGUUGCUAGCGGUGGACCGAAGUUAGCAGGAGAUGUGACGGAGGGGAGUACUAGUUUAAGGCUGCUUGUUUUCUGUCUCGCCCCUUUAUUCAUUGUCGAGGACAACAUCUUUCUAGAUCUCCUCUAUCUCUCUGUGCAAUAGAUUUGCUGGUUCUCUAAUGUCGAGGCAAAUCUUAGGCAAGAUGGAAAUCUUAGGCUCUAUCCGAAUCGAUUCAACUAAUCUCUUGUGCGUUUCUCUAAGGCGCAACAUCGUUUCGAGGAGUGAUGUGAUAGUGCGAGAGCGAUCUGGGUCGGUGCUGCGGUGUGUCGCAGGUCGUUGGCAGCCAACCUCUAGACUAGCCUCAAAUACCGUGCAGAUACCCAGUUACAACAGCCAUUCUCAAGUACAUUUUGCGGCCCCAGAUACGGAUACGGGAGGGAUGAGAGACAUGUGAGGGAUGGCGUCGAUUGCAAGUAGUGCUAGCAGGAUGGCAUACUUCUUUCGCUUUCGCAUAGAAGUCGGGAUGAGUCACAAUGUAGACCCGUUGCCUGCAUUUAUAACUACGAGAAGACCUAGCAGAAAUAGGAUCUAUGGCUACAUCGUAUGCAGAAGUAGCAACAUCACAUGCAGAAAAAACAGCAACUCGUAUACAGCCGAGCGAGGCAAAAACAAGACGAACAAAUCACGGGAUCAGUGUUCAGUACCUUUUACAUAUAUUGUUGCAUCUAGUGUAGCAUUGUUCGCUACAACGCGUCGUCUCGGAAGACUAAAAGGACACGGGGAGCCUACAGACGCAAUAACGGCAAAUGGCCUGAAGAUUCAAUGCGCUGCUUUCUCGCUUACGCAAGAUGUAUUCCGCGAAGGAUGAGCGGUCACGAACAAGGUAACUGCUUGUAGCAGGAGCGCUAAGCUGGCAUCAGAAUAGAUCGAUGAUACGGGUUUAACACAUGGCGGGCUCGCUGAUUUAAACAAGGGAAAAAUGACAAGGAGGCGUCUAGGACUACGAGGCGUCGGCUUUCGUUUGGCAGUCAGAUUUGACGUAGACGAGGAAUUUUGGCGACUUGAUGGGAGCGGUAUAGCUUGGGCAGCAUGAGAAGGAAGAUACCAGCACGCGCGCGUAUGAAGACUUGAGAUGAAGAUUCCUGAAAAGUGAGGAGCACAGUCCUCUCUCCCAAUGACAAACAGCAAAUAUUCCAAGUACGUAGUCCUGUUGAGAAAUCCUUAUUGUUGAAAAAUUUUCUCGUAGAAGAGUUGCAAAGAAGAGGUACGAACCCCAGCACCGGGAAAUGGGUUCAAACCGUUCGAAGAAAAGGGUGCAGCAGAGCAAGGAUGCAGA